GCUUGCGAGGGAGGGAGAGAGAAAGAGAGGGAGAGGAGGAGUGAGGGGGAGAGAGAGAAAGCGAGAGAGAGAGAGAGAGGAAGCUGAGCGACUGCGUGCUGCGUAUGUGUGUGUGCAUGUGCUUACGGCUACAGGGAUCGGGACUGCCUCAGAGCCGGCGGGCUGCGCAGGCUGCCUACUGCCCUCCGUGCUGCCAGAGACAGUGCCGACGCACCGAGCACUGAGCUGCGGACGCCUGCGCCGCUGCUGUGAGAGGGGGGAGGGCGAGCGGGGCCGGGGGACCUCCCGGCUGGAUUACAGCACCAGCCCUGCCUCUCUUCCUGCUCUCCCCCUCGCCAGACUGCCCCCUGGUACAGGGGAGGACAACGCACCCGUGGAUCUCAGCCUGACCCCCCACUCCCCCGCCCCCUCGCACUUCCUGCCGUCCUCAUCAGGAAAUGCACCUGGGAUUUACUUCUGCUGAAGAUGGGAAUAAAACAAUAAUAAAAACAACAACAACUCCCACAAAGUACAAAGAGAAAUGAAAGCACACGGCACACCCCAGUGGAUUCCUCAAGGGAUGCCAGGACGUCGUUAAUGAUUUCCACUUUUCCUUUGUUCCUACUGGAACUGGUCGUACUGAGUCUCCGUGGGAAAAGUUGGGUCAAAGGGACUCAGAUCUCGGAAGGGGCAGAGCAGAGGCCGUGAUGGGCACUGUGCGGAUAGGGUCCCGUCCUGGCCGCUGGCCUCCGCUCUGCUCGCCGCGCCCCACUCCUCGCGCACUCUCACUCUGACUCAGAGUCCCUGCCUUCUGCUUGCCCUCCCCCUGGAUGUAGGAGCCCAGAGGAGAGGAUCAUAGAUCCCACUCGCUUGUCCUCUGGCUUUUUUUUCUUAGCUAAUCUGGAAGGAAGGACACAACACAGACGUUCCAGAAAAAAAAAAAACAUGCAGAGAUGGUUUGACUUUUUUUUUUUCCGGCUGGUUUCUUAAUUUCAGUGAGGACACAAUCCAGGACACUGGAAGUACCUUAUGUGAUUUUUAUCCCUCCAGUGUAAGAGACGAGACACUCUGAAGGGUAUAUUUAGAAAGGACAGUUCAUCCCUGCUGGCUAUGCAUGAAAACUAGAGAAGGGCUCUGAGUUAGGUUUCCUGUCAGAUUUGGACAACAAAACUGACAGAACCCCUCCAUCCACCUCGCCGUGGUCAGUCUCUGCGUUUCCAGGGAGAACAGUCAGACAGCACUAAUGUGAAAAAAAAGUUUCACAGUCGAGCAACGGUCUCCUGCAGAGCCUUACGCAGAGACAGUGCCGUACCCCUCAGCAGACACGCACAGAGACUCGUAUGCAAUACUUUCCCAUUCCUCCUGCCCAUUGCUGUUCCCGCUACCACGGCGCCGGCUGGAACGCGCCGCCGUGCUCUCCCCACACCCACGAUGCACCGAACCCGCUGAAAGGAAAGGGAAGAGAAGCUCUUGCGACCGCCCCAGUGCUUUUAAGAUGUUGAGGUCUCUCUGCGUCGCUGGAGCUCCCGUUCGGAUAAUACGCGCCGCACCCGUCUGUGGUCAGAGACAUGGAGCCCGACAUGGCCCCCCAGAGAGCCCAGCGCGCCGCCCCUGUCCCCGCGCCCCUCCUCGCCCUGUGAAGGAUGUCCCACAGCGGAGUGCCAGCCCGGGAUACCUCUGAGACCCCCAGCCAGAGAGAGAAGAUACGUAGCCACAUGAAGAUGGUGAUUGAACAGCUGGAAGGGAUCCUCCAGGAGCUGAAGGAGGUGGCCAGGGAGCUGCGGGAGGUCGUGGGUCAGAUUGACAAGCUGACUUCAGACUUCGACUUUGACCUGGAGCCAGAUGACUGGACGGUGGCCACAGCCAGUAGCACCUCCAGCAGCGAGCGCGGACUUGGAGAUACCUUCAGGCUGGACUUCCUCAAUGCCGACGUGCUCUCGGACAGCUGGGAGUUCUGCGGGUUCCUGGAAGGCCCCACCCCCAACGCCAGGCCCGAUCCAAAGCUGUCGGACAUGACGCUGGAGCAGGAGGAUGGGACGCCGCCGCCAGCUACUGCCACUUACUCACAAAUGAAUGGGGGGCUUCCCACCCCCAAUGGACCCCUGAGGGUCACCCCGGAUUCAUCAAGUGAGGAGGCCACCAGCUCCACGCAUAGUCACAAGACGUCCCGGACCUCGGGCACCAGGGAACGGGUUCGCUUCAGCGACAAGAUCCUGUAUCAUGCGCUGUGCUGUGACGAUGAUGAAGACGAUGAGGAGGGGGAGGAAGGCCAGGCGACUCCAGAUACGGACGAAGCCACCAGCCCGUCCGCAGCUUCACCCUCGCCCACGCUGUCGUCCUGCGAACACUCCCUCCAUAACUGCCUGGACUCCAGUACGUCCCCUUCACCGGACAGGGUUGCAGGGCUGCAGGCAGCGGUGGGAGCUCCCAUGCCAACAAAGAGAAGUGUACUGCAGCCAAGCAGCCGGAAAAAAGUUUUAAGGAACAGCAGCACACAGACUGUCUCGGACAAGAGCACUCAAACAGUACUGCCCUAUAUCCCAGCCCGACAGAAAGCGAAGGAGCAGCUCUGAGACAUUUUCAACUUCAAAGGAGAUGCAAAAAGAAUAUUGUACAAUUCCAUGUGACGGUCAAAAUGUCAGUGUACUAUUUAAUAUGAAACACAUAGGGGAUAGAUUAAUACACAAAUAAAAUGUCUUAU